UUCGUUUUCAUUUGUGUUGGAAAAUUUUAAUGUCACAAAAAUCCAAUAAAAAUAUACUUCUGCUUGUAAAAUACACAAAGAAACAUCAAUAGUAUUAAUGGAAAAUUUUUCAAACGUAACAUAACGUAAAAAGUUCUAAAUAAAUUAAACUCUCCGACAAUGUUAGCAAUUUUAAGAGCUCCUCAUAUUAAAAGUGCCCGUUCCAGGUUUGCGGAAAGAUGUCGGAGACAACAGUAUCAAACACGUUGUAUUUGUUACAUGGAUGUUUUGUCAUCAAAUAGUAUAGUAGAAAGGAAACGACAAUAUUCUAUAAGCUCCCAUGUGAUUAUUAGUAAUUUUAACCAAAAUUUAUUAGUCAGUCAUAAUCCAAAAUGGAAUCACAGUUUUUAUAGACCCUUUUCAUUAUCCAGUUCCAGAUUUGACAAGGAACCUUUAAAACCCUCCUCAAAGGUGGAAGAAACUGUUCAAGAAUUAAAAAAGAAACAAGAAGAAGAGCAAAAAGUGAAAACUAAGGAAGUUACACCAGUUGUAGUGAAAAAACCAUUGACAACAAGAAUUUGGGAGGAAUUAGUUCAUUACUAUCAUGGUUUUAGACUUUUGUUUAUUGAUGUAAAAAUUUCUUCUGGUUUAGUAUGGCGUGUAUUAAAUGGAAAAUCGCUCUCAAGAAGAGAGUACAGGCUGUUAACAAGAACAGUAGGAGAUCUUUUCCGCUUAGUACCAUUUUCAGUUUUCAUUAUAGUACCAUUUAUGGAGAUCCUUUUACCAUUUUUUAUAAAAUUUUUCCCUGGAAUGCUGCCCUCUACAUUCCAAACAGCAACAGAAAAAGAAGAUAAAACGAAACAGAGGUUAAAGGUGCAAUUAGAAAUGGCGAAGUUUUUACAAGGGACACUGGACAAUAUGGCUGUACAGCAUAAGGAACGGUACUCUACUGAAGCUAAACAAUUUGUUGACUGGUUUCAUAAAGUACGAACUUCAGGUGAAUAUGUAAAGUCUGAAGAUAUAAUGAAGUUUUCAAAACUGUUUCAAGAUGAAAUAACACUAGACUCAUUAACUAGAAGUCAACUUAUUGCUCUCUGCAGAGUAUUGGAAGUUCAAACUUUAGGCACCAAUAACUUCCUUCGUUUUCAAUUGAGGAUGAAAUUGAGGUCAUUGGCUGCUGACGAUAAGAUGAUACAGAAAGAAGGUGUUGACAGCUUGACUUUGUCAGAAGUACAACAAGCAUGCAGAGCAAGAGGCAUGAGGGCCUAUGGUUUAAGUGAAGAGAGGUUAAGAGCACAGUUGGAACAAUGGUUGGAUUUAAGUCUAGAUAAGAAAGUCCCUCCUUCACUUCUACUCUUGUCGAGAGCAUUAAUGCUGCCAGAAACCAUACCUACAAGUGACAAACUUAAAGCCACUAUCUCCGCAUUACCAGACUCUAUUGUCAAACAGACUCAAGCUGCCAUUGGAGAAAAAGAAGGCAAAAUUGACAAUAGAGUCAGGGUAGAAAUAAUCAAGGAAGAAGAAAAGAAAAUUAAAGAGGAAAGAGAAGAAGUCAGAGAAGAAAAGAAAAAGCAGAAAUUGGAGAAGGACAAAGAACUCCUUGUGGAUAAAGCACCAGUAAUAUCAACUGAAGCAACACCUGUUCUAGAUGAUACAGCUUUGAGGAUACCUUCGAAGAAACCCGAAAAAAUAGAUGAAAAGGAGCAACAUCUCCAGUCCAAAGAUUUUGCUAUUAUUGAAACUGCCAUUGACACUGUUUCUAAGGAAAAGAAGUUUAUUGUAGAAAAGGAGGAAAUACAAGAACUUAAAUCAGAGAUGGAAGAUUACAAACAAGAUGUUGAAGAUCUGGCUAAAGCUGUAGCAAGUCAACCAAAACCAGAGAUUAAAGAAACAAAAGCUGCCAAACGUCUUUUCAAGAGCGUUAAUAAAAUGAUUAACAAAUUGGACAAUGUUCUCGAUGGUUUAGAAAAACGGGAAAAACAGUUGAAGAAAGAUCUAGAACUGGAAGCGACUGACAAGAAGAAGGAAGAACUACUUAGGAUCGAUGACAUUAUAGCUGUUAUUCAUAAAAUAAGGGAUGUACCAGAUCAGAGUAAAAUCGAACAAAUUAAAAACGUGCUAAAACGAAUGGACGAUGAUCAAGAUGGAUCUUUGAAAAUAGAGGAUGUUUUGAAGGUAAUUGAAAUAAUAGGAAAAGAAAAUGUCAACCUCAGUCCCAAACAAAUAGACGAGUUGGUAGAUCUCAUUGACAAAGAGGAGAUCCUCGAAGUGGAAGAUAAAAUUGAAAAGGCAUUACAGAAAGAUAAAGAAACGAAGUCCAAAGAACCGAAGUGUAAAAAAGACCAAGAAAAUCCACCGAAAUCUGAUCCUCCCGACGCACCAAAAGCGAAAAUGGAUUGCAAUCCAGUUUUUCCACCUCCACCCAGUAUUGAAAAGUCAAAAAACAAUUCCAAAAUGGUUUAAAACAGGUUUAAUUUUCAUAUAGUUAAUUUUAUACGUACCUAACUGAUGUACUGAAACCGCAGAAUUUAAAUUACUUAGGCACAAGUUGUAAAUUUCUUAACCACAUAAAAGCCAAUAUAAAUUGUUUUGUUACCUGUUUCAGAUGGAUUUUAUUUGUGAUCUUUAUACAGGUGUUAAUUCUAUAAUUUAUUUUUCUGGGUGUAACAAAGGUGUGAUAUUAAAUGUAUAUUUUUAACUGUUGUUUUUUAAAAUAAAAUUAUUUUCUAAAAUUGGCUAUUAAUACAUUGCAGAGUCAAUA